AUGACUUCUCCAUUAGAUUUUCCUCGCACCAUCAAUGACCUCCGCCAGGCAGCUCUCAACAACACUCCAACCUCCGUCCCCCGAUCCCUCCGCUGGAAACUCUUCCUUAGAGUUUUACCUUCGUAUCAUCCAUCAUCAUGGUCAGACGCAAUAUCAAGAGAAAGAGCCAGAUACGCAGAGUUGAAGGCGCGGUACACGGCGCCAGGUGUGGUCGAGAGUGGUGAUCCACUCAGCCAAGACGAAAGCAGUCCAUGGAAAGAACGCUACGCCGAUGAAGAACUCAAGGAAACAAUCAUCCAGGACACCCAAAGGACCUUCCCAGAUAUCCCAUUCUUCCGAUUACCGCGUACACAGCAAAUCCUCCUCGACGUCCUCUUCACGUACUCGAAGCUAAACCCGGAUACUUCCUACCGACAAGGUAUGCACGAACUCCUCGCACCAAUCCUCUUUGCUGUACAAGGGGAUGCACUACCUCCUCCGUCCUCCACUCCCGACCAAGACGUCCUGCAUCACACAUGUUCCGAAACACACGUAGAAGCAGACACUUACAUCCUCUUCUCCAAACUCAUGGAACACACAAAAUCCUUUUACCUCACCACUUCCACCCCCGAGAACCCCGCCCCAAUCAUCGCAACAACAAACAACAUCCAAAACAAGCUUCUCCCUAUUCUGGACCCAGAUUUGCAUCACCACCUCACCUCUCUCCAAAUUGAGCCACAAAUAUGGGGUAUCCGGUAUCUUCGCCUCCUGUUUGGUCGUGAGUUUGGGUUUAGCGGCUUGUUUGGGCUAUGGGACGCUUUGUUUGCCGACAUGUCGGAAACCGGAAACUUGAUGGUCGUGGAGUGGGUUUGUGUCGCGAUGUUGAUGAGGAUACGGUCAAAACUUAUCGGAGCGUCAUAUACGGAGACGAUAUCAUUACUGUUGAAGUAUCCUGUCGAAUCAGAGAGCGAACCAGCAUCAUACGUCCGUGAGGCGAUCUUCCUACGAGAGAACUUCAGCACGACAGGUGGGCUACGCCUUGUUGCUAAGUACACCCCAGUUCCUGUACCUUCACCCACCACCUCUACUACCCCUACCUCAUCCAGAACAGCAAUAGCUUCGGGGAGGCUGUUCGAUACCUUAGUCUCAGACGUCUCCCGUCGCGCGGAAAAGCUCGGCCUGAAUAACACCAUUCGAUCCGCCGUCCAGGAAGUCAGGAAAGGCGUACAAACGAUACAAAAGGAAUACGAUAACAACGAACACGCCCUCCUGGAAAGAUUCUCGCCUGCGCUGGCGUUGGCGAGACCGGGGAAUGCGAGGGGGGAGAGUAGUGAGAACUUAAAAGGCCGAGACUUGGCCAACGUUUUGGGAGAAAGUUUGAAGGUUUUGGAAGGGAGAGUGGAGAGGGAUGUAGAGGUGGAAAGGGCGCUGGAGGGGAUCAGGAGGGUACGAGAUACGUUGAGUGCGGCACGUUCGCCGAAUGCUUCCGCGGUGGCGACGCCGACGGGCUCUGCACCGACACCUGCUGCUGCUGCUGCAGUACCGGCAUCGACGACUUUGCCCUCAACGGUGACGGCUUCCCUGUCAGCCCCAGCGCCUGUUCCAGUACCCGCAAGUAAGCCCUCCGCUUAUCCAGCAAGACGCUUACCCACACACCCGAGGCGACAUCAAUCUCGGGCCUCUCUCGCUUCAUCGGACUUUGCUUUCCUAUUAAGCGGCAAAGGUGAUGAGGACGAUAAAAACUCGAAGCCGAAAACGGCAGCGGCGGGGAGUACGGGUAAGAAGGGUGUGUGGGGCAGUGGAGGGGAUGGCGAGUUUGAUUUGGGGAAUUUGGGAAAGAGGUGA